AUGGCGCCCCGGGAUCUGCGUCUUCUCCGUUGCUCCUCCUCGGCAGGGGAACUGCAUAGAAUUAGAGUCCCAAACCCUCCGUCUCCGUCUCCGUCCCCGUCUCCUUCCAGCAUCAACAGCAAGCUGGGAGGCGAUCUCCUCUUAGAAGUUGUAAUUCGCGUUCCGGACCCGAGGUCCGCCUUCCGCUGCAAACUGGUCUGCAAGCGGUGGAACUCUCUGAUCUCAGAUCCCUAUUUCAACCGCCGUUUCGUCUCCCAUCACCAGAGGAUGAGCGAAGGAUACCCAUCGCUGCUUAUUCGCUCAAGGGAUCGCGAAUCCGUUAUCCUGAGCUUCCUCCCCUUGCCUCGUUGUUUUUACAAAGGGGCUUUCCGUGUUUUCGAUUGCUUCAAGGACUUGGUUCUAUGCGGGAUGUGGGUCUGUGAUCCCGGAAUGGGCAGGUCUUGGUUUGUCUGCAAUCCGUUUACCAAGCAAUGGGUUGCCCUUCCUUUAAUGCCUAAACGGUCGCGGGAGGAACGUGCUGGAAUGGUUGCGAGGUUAGUUUGUGAACCUCGUUCUAAUCCCGAGCUUGAUCUUGGAGAUGGCCAAGUAUUUGUUCAUUCCGAGUAUCGGUUUCGGGUGGUGUGUAUGUAUAGAGAGGGUGGGGGAGGGGAUGGCUCUACAAAACUAGACGUGUUUUGUUCAGAGUCUGGAGCCUGGACCGAGGGGGCUCUUGUCCUUGACGGUAAAUAUAGUACCUAUAUUGAUCAAGUAGUUUCGUGCAACGGCAGGUUCUUUUGCUAUGCCUCGGAAUCUGCUGCAAUUCCUCCAAUUCUUGGCAUUGAUCCUUUCCGCCUCGAUAGACCUCCAUACCGUGUGGAUAAUCAUCCUGGGUUUUCAUGGGAACCUUUUGAUAUCUCAAUCUCGCAAGGCGUUUUGCACAUAGCUCGACUUGUUGACAACUCUGCAGCUGCACCUCCCUUGUUGACUGUUUGGAGACAGGAAGAGGACGACGACCACCAACAUAUAUCUUGGAGUGAAGUAUAUCAAGUGUCGUUGAAAGAGCCGUCAAAAUCAUGUAAUUACAGUCGUAAACGUUGCUACUUUGCCUGCUUGCAUCCAGACGACCCGGAAAUUGUCUUCUUGUAUAAUGACUUCGACGUUAUAUUGUAUCACGAUGUGAGGACGGGGGAGGAAGGCGUCUUUGAUGAUGAAUUUUCACAUCCCUGGCUGCUGUUCCAGCCUAGGAUAUCCUGCUGGCCUACCCCAAUUCCAAACUACGAAAAACUCCGAGCUGCAUACGACGGAAGCUGCUGCUGCGCCUGUUGUGUCCAACAGACCAGCCGCCAAGCUGCUCGUCGUCAGUAUUCUUCCUCUUUCUAUUCCAAAUAUGCUCAUUUGCUUGUUGGAUUUGAAAAAUGA